CCGUUUUAACCUAAGACUAGCUAGCUAACUGGUUUGGUAACAGGUGUUAGUCACUACAAGUCGUUAUUAUGAUAUCGUGACACAUGUUGAAGUCAUAUUAUUAAACCCAGUAUGCAAAAAAUGUCUGACAAACUUAAAUACGAGGAUAAGUUGGGAGCAGUUUUAGUUCAGGUUCAAGAUGAUUUGAGACAACUCAAAUGUAGUCUUGAGAAAGUCACUGUCAAUGAGGGGGAUGAAACACUUGACAUUCAACCCCUGGACAACGCCAUUCGCAAGACCGAGAGCAGUAUCAGGAAGCAUGCAGAGGAUUAUCUGAAAGCAGUGACUGAGCAGGUGCUGGUUCUUCCAUGCAUUGAGGACUUACCAAAAAAGACUGUGCAGAUUCCCAAAUGGAAACCUUCUCUGGAGAGAUUCCCAGAUGUGCGUCCACAAAAAGAAGACCUUCCAGGGUCUUUACCUGGAGAAAAGCACCAGUCACAGUUAGCCAUGCGUUUGCUGUGUAAUCCUGCUCACCCAAACAACAGAGACAUUUUGUACCAGAAAUGUGGGAUAUCACUCCCUGAUAUCCACAAGAGGAGCACAAACGCAGUGCAUCAACAUCACAGAAUAAUCACUGGCCCUACAGUGAAACCAAAGGGCUGUCACAGCCUUGCAAUACCUGAAGAAGACAUGGGGACAGUGCCAGAUAAAAGUUUGCUUUGUAUGUCGAUCAAGAUUGCUUCUCUUCACCCCAGAGAGGAUACAUAUUCUUCUAAGAUAGACUUGAAGUCCAGGUGUGUUAAGCAGCUGAAAUUGGAAACAGAACCUAGAUCAACCUGUGAAAAAACAGGCAGCAAAUGCACACCACUCUUGACCACCACGACACCGCCUCCCACCAGAAUCUCCAAGAGCAUCGACCAUGGGAGUAUGAUGCAAGGCACCAGUGUUCUUAUCCCUAAAAGCCCAGAGAAUCUGCUUGUGCCAGUUCCUGUCAUCAUCCGCAAAUACCCCUUUACCAUCACAAAGGGAAGGAUCAACCCAGUGGCUGCUGAUUUCUGUCACUUCAAGCAGAGCUUUAGCUUGUGCUGGAGCAGUGUGGUAUAUGCUCUGGAGGCCCUAGAGAAGCUGCUCAGGGACUUUGCUGUGCCUGUAGCCAAAGUGAGCGGGGAGCGGCUUGUAGAGUUUGCCCAUGGUUGGGAUAAUGGUUGGAGAAAGGCUCCUCCAGUGUUCAGCCUCCUUUCAAUGCUUGAAAACUGGGAGGAGGUGUUGGGCCUGGUCUUACGCCCAGGUCAGCGCUACAAGGGAGAUGGAGGCAAUGAAGCAGCUGCCAUCCACAUCCAGUCCUGCUGGAGGCGCUACGUAGCCCGGACAGCCUACCUGCGCCACUGCCGGCGCAAGUGGGCGGCAGGGACCAUCGCCAUCUCAUGGUUGAUGCACGCUCAGAUGCGUCGUGUCAGGAAGGCCCUGCAGGCUCGGCGUGUCAGACAGCUGGAGAAUUUCCGCAGCAGAGCCCAGCAUCUGGCAGCCAACUGGAAACACAUCCAGUCCUCCAAGAGGACUAUUAUCCACAUCCCUUCAUUAGGAUACUCUCAGAGCCAGCGACUGAAAUUGAGGGGAUUUGACAUCCUACAGAACAUCCAGAUAAGCAGACUGUUCGAUAUUAGAGAUGAGAAUGUGGAGGUGAUCUACAUAUGCCCUCGGCAUCUGGGGGAGGACAUGUUGCACUAUUACACCAGCCUCCUGAAGUGUGAUGGAGCCACAGACGGGGAUGAUACCGUAACUACUGAGGCCUCAUCUUGGGUCAGACGCUUUAUCAUCCUCACACCUGAGGCUGUAGAUUAUUUCCCGACCCGUAACAUGUGCCUGUCUACGCUCCUAAAGUACAGUCCACGCACCCUGAAGCGCAUCAAGAACCUAAUCCAGGGGAAGCAAGCCUAUAUUGUGGGUGGAGUGGCCCAUGCAGAUGACCUGGCAGUGGCUGAUGAGCUGGGAUUGCCAGUUCUGGGGCCAGAACCAGCUAUCGCACAGCACUACAGCACCAAGUCUGGAGGGAGGAGGAUCUUCACGGGGGCAGAGGUUGAUGUACCACCUGGUCGAGGAGACAUCUACUCACUAAACCAGCUUCAUGAAACACUGGCUGAGCUCAUGAGUCAAAACUUUAAUGUGCAGCGCUGGCUCUUCAAGAUAGACUCUGAGCACAGUGGCCGUGGUAUAGCAUACUGUGAUAUAUGCCAUCUUAACUGCUACAACUGGGCCCUGCAGAAAUACCAUUACUAUGGUCCUGAGCUGUGGAACACAGAGUGGAAUCAGGAGUCCGUGAUGGUCAAAUAUUUAGAUGAGAUCCCAGAGUGGCUGGAGCGUUACGCCCAGCCUGCUAAAACCUCCUGCUAUCCCAACUGGGCCUGCUUCCUGAAGACCUUCCUCAGGCAAGGCGGUGUGGUAGAGGCCUACCCCCCUUCAGACAGUGUCACCUGUCUGACAGUAGAUCUGCUGCUGGAGCCUGGGGGUGAGGUGACCAUGCUGUCCUGUGGAGACCAGCUUCACGGCUCCUGUCAGCUGGAAACUAUAGGCUCCACUGUUCCUCAGACCUCUGUACACCCAGAGACCUUGCACUCCAUCUGCAUGCGUGUGGGCCAGGCCUGUCUGCAGCGCCUUAUCGUAGGUUAUGUCUCUGUGGACCUGGUUACCUUUCUGAACCACAACAGUAUGGAACAGAAGGUGUGGGCUAUUGAUCUGGACCUCACAUACAGUGACCAGCUGGCCAUGACCCAGAUGCUUCUGAUGAUGACUGGAGGAACACUGAAUUGCCGCGCAGGCUGUUUAGAAGUGCCAAUGCCGAUCAGAGAGAAAUGCUGUGAACACCAGAGUGCAGCCAAACCUCCUGUGGUUCAUCGUUAUGCAGUUAUUGGAAGCCACUUGUUUCACUCUCACCUUUCCAUGUUGUACCACAAUGUGUUCUUUAUGAUCUGCAAGGCUCUUGGCAUAGGAUUUAACAUUAAGAGGAAACAAGGCACUGUCUUCGCUCUUUAUGACAACCAUGACCGAUGCAGCAUUGGAAUGAUAACGGUUUCUGAGGAUCUCCAGGGAGCUCUAGUGACCUUUGCUCAGAACCUGUCAGUCAUUCAUCAGGAAAUAUCAUCCUCUAAAAUCCAAGGAGAAACCAAUUUCAAGGACCUCAUCAAGGACAUAGAAGAUGUCUUGCAGAUGACUGUUCAGAACAAACAGCGAGCAGUGAAGGAUAAACCUGCUGCUUAGACAGCUGCUUCACUGAUAAGCUCGCCUCACUCUCGCCAAGUUAAGUUGUCAAGUCUUCGGCCACUUUAAUGCCACAUUCCACUGUGAAAAUGUGAACCCUGAAGGUGGAUCGAUGUCGAGCAAACACAGAUUGCCAAAUAAACACAUGAAAAACAUUUUCAGAAUUUGUCAUGAAGCUUCAUAAAAACUGUUUUUGUGAUCCGUUUCAACAGUCUGAGAAAACUUUCCUUAAUAUUUGGAAACAAACAUAGGAGAUUAUGCACUAAUAAUUCCACUGUGGGAUGAGUUGGCUUUGUUCAAGUAUUCAUGCAUUAACAGCAUAAAAACAUUUUGCUGUGUACAGUAUCUUGACUUUGUGCCCUGAUAAAUACUAGAUUAGUAUGGGUGUAUUGUUCAGUGAUACUAGAUGCGCUGAGAGGUUCCAUAAUACACUGUAGCUGCAAACCUGUGGCCGUAUCUUACUUUGGACAGUGGAGAAAGUGAUUGAUCCCGGCUCCAAUUUGAUUUACAAAGAACUUCAUGUGUAAGUUGAUCAUAUUUAUUCUUUUACUUCACUAACAUAGCUUGUACAGGGGAAAUAUAAUACAAAUAUUAUCUGAAAUACAUUAUUGUGUUGAAAAUGCACCAAAAACCUUGUGUUUUAUCCUGUUCAAAAGUAACUGUGGUGUGUAUUUGUUGUUUGUUUCCUUGCUUAUUAUAUGAUACCACAUAUUAGUCACUACUGUAAAUGUUGUAAAUGAAUAGUUGAUAAUAAAGUUAUACAUUAAGUAUA